AUGCAUUCGUCUACAGGUCGUUCGUUGUCAGCAGCAGAGGAGGGGGGGAAACAAGGGACCACGGGGACCAUGGGGACCAUCCCAUUUCUAAAGGCGAGACAAACUCUCACCCACUCCUUGACCCUCCAUCUCAGCCCUAUGCGCCAUAGACCUCGAAGCAUGGCCCUGGGUGACCAGGAAAGCCUCCACUGGCCUUCCCUGGACUUACUGGCCCAAGGGCUUGAUCAGGGCGGCCUCCUCUCGAGCCAGGAGCCCCCAUGUAUCCCACUGCAUCUUGAGAAUCUGCCUCAAGACUGCCUACAUAUCGCCUGCCUUAGCGCCGCUGCUCAGCCAUCGUCCUUCAAAAAGCCACCCUCUGCUUCUUGA